AUGGAAGUCAAUAUUUGUUGUCCUUCCUUUUUUUUUUUUUUUUUUUUUUUUUUUUGGCCGUCCCGCAUGUGCACACAUGAAUCCCUUGCCUCUGUUUUUUCUUACAUCUUUUUCCCUUUUUUUUUUUUCUUUUGCAGGCAGAAUUCUGCCGCCAUGUUGAUGGUCAUUGGGCCGGAUGAUGCUUCAUUGUUUGAGUGCGCAAAGUCGGUGGACGGCGAGAGUACGCACCUGUCGCGGCAGUUGAUGCUGUACGCCUCGCUAGAUCUCUUGGAUGACGUUCUCUGGAAAACAGGGGACUUCCUCCUUCCUGCGAUUGACCGGCCAUUAGAAGGAAAGUACUACGUUUCUGCGUACGUAGGCUUUGCACCUAUCAAACUGCUUCUCAUGCAAGAGCAGGAGCCUAACAAAAACACCCGCCAGUUUAUGAAUGAAGUCUACGGACUCUGCGUGCGAUAUCUUUUGAAUCCCUUUUCGUUCCCAAACACCCCUGUUCGAUCUACACUGGGGGAGAAGGUGCGUCGGCUAUAUGAGCGCUACUCUUAG